AUGAGCGGAGCAUCUUCGUGCCGACUCCGGGCUUCCUCGCCGGGCCGCGUCUCGCUCCUCGGAAUUUGCUCUCGGGUACGAGCAUACAAACCUGCCAAACCGCUCGAGAAAGAGACACUAGCGUGGAAAAAAACAGUAUACACUCAGCGAAUAAAAACCCGGAAAACCGGGUACCUGAACGCGGGAAUAAAAAACAGCAGCAAUAUAAAAGAAGUUUCGCUCGUAUUUUGCCAGUCUUGCGCCAGCUUUCGCAAGUGGGUGUCGUCGACGCCAGCGAGGCAAUAUCUGCAGGAAGGCGGGAAUAAAGAUCCACGCAAGGUCAUCCGCAGAAGAGGAAUUCGACCGGCACGACAGAGGGAGAAGAACCGUGCGAAGGAGGAGAUGAAGGAAAGAAGGGAAUGGGAGAGACGAGAGGACAAUUACCAAGACCAGAGGGAAGACCCGAAAACACGUGACAGAGAGAUGGUAUUGCUCGAGGAAGGGAGACGAGGAGACGAAGAAGGGGAGAGAGAAAUAACGCAAGGACAAAGAGAGGAAGGAGACGGCCAGAAGAGAGACAGGAGAGAAGGAGAGAAAGGCGAAGUGCGGAAGGAAGCAAGAGACGAAGCGCAGGUCUACGUCAGGCAGAAAGGAAAGGAGGGAGAGGAACAGAGGCCGAUGACGGGAGAUGAAAGGAAUAAUGAAAGAGAAAUAGAGGAAGAAACGGAAACACGCGAAACAGUGCGAGAAUAUCCUGAUGAAAUGGAUAAGGAAAAGAGACACGUUACGGAAGAAGACAGUCAAAAAGAAAAAGAAAACGAGGAAGGAAACCAAACACGCGACCCGACGCGAGAAAAUCCCAACAUGGAUUUCGCCCUUCCCGACGGAGGAACCCAGGGCCCUACGCCCUCGCCCUCGCAGACCCAGCGCCCCCCUCCUCCAGCACGCCCGAACGAGCACCCGUGGGAAUACGUUCCCGACGUCUCCCACUCGGACCUCCUCGGCAAGCACGCCAGGACCUUCGUCAGGUUCUGGGCGGAGAUGGUGGCCGGCCUCGUGGUCCUGGGCGUGACUGAGACGUGCGGGGCGGCGGGGAGGCUGGGCAGGGCCGUCGGGAGGGCGGUGGCGUCGCGGAGGGCGCCCCGCGGAGACCAGGGGCGCCCUCACCUCCCGGCGUGAAGGAGGAGACACUGCUGUUAUUAUCUUGAAUAUCUUUAUGGUUAUUAUUUCUACUGAUAUUAUUGUUAUUGUUGCUGUUGCUGUUGUUAUUAUCAUUAUGAUUAUAAUUA